AUGUCGUCUGUGACUUCUGCCAUCAAGGACGCUAUUCUGCCUUCGGACUCUAACAAGGAGGCCGAGCUUGCUGCUCAGCAGGUGCCGGAGACUACGCCCACUGUGGCGGACCCCGGUCUUGUGGGCCGCCCCAAGGACGAGCUCGUGACGGAGCACACCACGGUGUACACCAACGCCACCCCCGAUGUGCUCGAGUCGUCGAACCACCAUGUGAUGACUGAGGCCGUGCCGAUUACCCACACGCCCGUGGCGGACUACAACGAGGUCCCGCGCGCUGCGCCCGCGAUUCUCGGCGGCGACCUGUACAGCAUCCUUGGCCAGACGGAGCCCGUGUCGAGCACGACGGCGCAGCCUGUGGCCGAGCAGUCGAAGGAGACUGUGCAGCCCAUGGCGUCGAACUCGUACGUGAACGAGGUCCCCUCCAAUGAGAUGGCCUGGACCAUUCGCGACACGGAUGCGUACACCUCGGCUGGUGCCGGUGCCGGUGCGGGUGCGGGUGCUGUUGCUGGUGCGGGCGCUGGUGCUGCCGCGAGCCAUGUGGCGUCGACGUCGGAGGCCCCUGCUGCCCCUGCCGGUCAGGGAUCGGCGGUGGACCAGCUGGAGCCUACGACUGAGCAGGCCUGGUCGGUGCGUGGCCCUGCCUCGAACCUCGUGUCGAAGGGCCCGCACGAGCACGCUGCGCACCUCAGCAGCGAUGCUGCGGGCAACGUGCCCAUUGACGAGAGCGCGACGUCGCCUACGGAGAAGGUGGCCGAUGCCCCUGGCGCAGCCGUGAGCGGUGCGCAGGACAAGGUCGCCGGCGCCCCUGGUCAGGCGAAGGACACCGUGGCUGGCACUGCUUCGCAGGCUAAGGACACUACGACUGGCACGGCCACUGGCGCUACGUCGCAGGCCAAGGACGCUGCCACUGGCACUGCCUCGCAGGCCAAGAACACCGCGACGGACGCCGCGGAGAAGCCCAAGAAGCUCGGUCUCGUGCAAAAGGUGAAGAAGGCCCUCAAGAUUGGCAAGCAGAACAAGUAA